CCAGCGCGAGGAGUGUGACGUGUCCAGAGUUCCAGAAUUCCGCGCGGGAGGCUUUACACCAACGGUGGUUCGGCGGCCGAUGUUGCCGUGUCGACUAACCCAGAUUUUACUUUUUAUUGUUGGCAAUGUCCAUUAUCUUGUCUGCCUCAGUGGUGCGUGUGAGAGAUGGACUCCCUUUAUCUGCUUCUACUGAUUAUGAGCAAAACACAGCUGUACAGGAAUGCCGAAAGUACUUUAAAAGUCUUGCAAAGAGACUCACUGAGCUUCCAGACCGAUGCACAUUACAAGCAGGAAAGUAUAACAUAAACUUUAUUAGUUCCCUGGGAGUGAGUUACAUGAUGCUCUGCACUGAAAAUUACCCCAACGUCCUUGCCUUCUGCUUCCUGGAUGAGCUUCAAAAGGAGUUCAUUACCACAUACAACAUGAUGAAGACAAAUACAGCAGUCAGACCUUACUGUUUCAUUGAAUUUGAUAAUUUUAUUCAGAGGACCAAACAAAGAUACAACAAUCCACGAUCUCUUUCUACAAGGAUAAAUCUUGCUGACAUGCAAACAGAAAUUAGAUUGAGACCACCUUACCAGAUUUCCUUGUCAGAACUUUGUUCAGCCAAUGGAUAUCCAUAUGGAUCUCUACAAGAAAAAGAUACAAGAAAAAUGUCUCCAGCCCCUCACCAACGACUGGAACCUGUGACGCUACCGGGAAUUGUUUCCCUUCUUCUUAGCCUUUUAUGUGCUGCUUUGAAUUUAAUUCGUGGUUUUCAUGCUAUAGAGAGUCUUCUACAGAAUGAAGAAGAUGACUUCAGUUUUGUUAUCGCCUUUUUUCUUGGCACAACAGCUUGUUUAUAUCAGUGCUAUCUGUUUGCAUAUUGCACAAGCUGGCGGAACAUCAAAUCUUUCCUAACGUUUGGCUUAAUCUGCUUGUGUAAUAUGUACCUUUAUGAAUUGCGCAAUCUCUGGCAGAUCUUUUUUCAUGUGACUGUGGGUGCUUUUUUAACGUUACAAAUCCGGCUAAGGCAGCCACAAGGAAAAGCUCCUGAUUAUAAUGUGUGACGGAUGUCCUCUGAUAGUUUCAUGGCAAACUUCAUCCGAACAGUAUUCUUCUCAGGACUGAAAAGCUUUGCUGUAUGAAAAGAAGUUCCACGUACUCUGAGACACUAAUAAGUCAGCAGUGAUUUUUUUUUUAAAAAAAAUGGUUCAGGAACUAAUUGGGGUACAAAUGCAAUCCAAUGCUGGAUAAUAUAACCCAAGAAUAAAUGAGAAUUUGGAGGGCAGCAUGAAAAGCUCCAUAUUCAGAACUCUGACAACGACAAAAAUCUGUAUUGGACCUGCUCGGCAUAUUAAGUGAUUUCUCCAGUCCCAGACCAGUUUUGCCUUUGUGAGGCAAGAGAAAAGGCUGAAAUAAAGGGAUGGUAUUGCAUAUUAACAAACAGUUCGGUAUGAAUGAAUUCCUAAAUGCCAGAUUAUUGGAUUGCACAUAAAUUUAAUGGUGUGUGUCUGCAUUUUCCUUAAUUAAAACCUAACCCAGAAACCAUCUGUUGCUGCGGAUUAGUUCUUGAGCCCCAAAGGCCUGCCAUCUAAUGCUGAGUUAAUUAUGAACUGCAUUAGUACUUCUUUUCCUUCUGCUUUCUUUCAUGUACUUUGAGAGAGAGUUCGAAAAUGAUCCCAAUGCAUCAAUAAUGUUGGUUCCUUAUCUAAAGUUUGAAGAUUUUUUUUAAAAAAAAUCUCUUUGUGAUGAUAUAAUGGGGGAGAGACAUUUUCUC